ACCCUCGACAGGCUGGGAUCUCAACAUCGACUCGUGUAAAUCCAUUGUUCUCGAUAAGAAGAGCCAUGUCGACCAGUAUGGGAGCCAAGUACCCCUUCUUCGUGUAUGCGCCCGACAAGAAGGACAUGGACGCCAACCAGAAGCGUCUCGACUCACGACUUCGACAUCUCGCCAACUUCAGAGACAAGGUGGGCGAUGGGGUGAUCAGCUUCGGUGGUGGCCUCCUCGACGAGGCAUCUGACCCCGCCCACCCCGACCCCAAGCGUCUAGUUGGCUCCGCUAUGAUCUUCCAAGCCUCAUCGCGCGACGAAGUCAUAAACCUCCUCAAGUCUGACCCGUACUAUGCCAACGGAAAGGGUGCCUGGGACGAGAAUAGCUGGGUCAUCCUGCCCUUGGUCUUGGCGAGCAAGCUACCCGAGCCUGCCGAAGUCACAGAUGCAAUCAAGGCACUCCAGGUGCCGCCCGAGUCGAAGGUUUAAGACGUUGGGGACCUAAGGAGGCGAGACAUGGUGCUGGCCAUGUCAUUCAGUGGGAAAUUUUGUACUUGUUAUGUGUGCUAUAGAAGUUUCUUCUUCAUCAUUCGCGGGUGUCUGAAAUGAGUCCGAAC